AUGGCCGCUGCAAUUAAGGCAAUCAAUGCGAAGAUCCGGUCUAACAAGGCCCUGGAUUACUUCUGCUCUACCCACUUCUGGGGCCCUGCCUCCAACUUUGGUAUCCCCAUUGCAGCGGUGAUGGAUACUCAGAAGGACCCUGAAAUUAUCUCCGGCCAAAUGACCGGUGCUCUCGUUAUCUACUCGGGAACCUUCAUGCGCUACGCCCUUGCCGUCUCUCCCAAGAACUACCUUCUGUUCGCCUGCCACGCCGUCAACUUCUCCGCUCAGCUUACCCAAGGAUACCGCUACCUGAACUACUGGAAGUACGUCACGGAAUGGCUCUUUCUUCCCACCCUCAUUGAGAAACACAAGGAUAAUGCUGACUUUCGCAUCAACAGCUGGGGAGGCCGUGAAGCUCAGCUCGCCGAGGCUGCCAAGCAGGGCAAGGAUGCCACCGAGGCUGGCGCUUAA